AUGCUAAACUAUACGUGGACUGUAUUUCGAUGGGCUACGUAUGCGCCGUUGCUGGGAAUCAAGGACCGCGAGCUACUGCCACACAUCAGUGUACUCAUUCCCGUAUACAAUGAGUCACACUUUAUUCGAAAGUCGAUAGAAUCAGUCAUCGGCUCCGACUAUUCGAAGGAAAAAAUCCAGUUGGUAGUUGUCGAUGAUGGAUCGACGGACGAUUCAUACCUUCACAUUACGGAGUCUUCAGCCGCUGCCAUUGGGUCUUCAAUCGACUGCACCGUGGUGCGCCACAAACACAACAGUGGAAAGCGUGAGGCUCUAAUCACGGCAUUCAGACAUAGCAAACAUGAGAUUGUCGUGACUCUUGAUUCCGACAGCAUACUUCGUCCAGGGACGCUUCGCAAUCUCGUCACUCCAUUGAUUCUCAGCAGCACCGUUGGAGGUGUAGCUGGACAUAUUUCGGUACUGAAUGUAGCUUCUGAUGGAACUCACAUCCUCAAAACACUGGUUCCUCGUCUCCUGGACAUCCUGUUUGAGUAUGGUGGCAACAUACCAAGAUCAGCCCAAACGAAGCAUGGCUUCGUCACUAUCCUUCCAGGAGCUAUUUCCGCGUACCGACGUUCAGCUAUUGCACCCCAUAUAGAAGAUAUGGCCACAAGGACGUUCCUCGGUCACCCCUUACGUCACGGAGAGGACAUAGAGCUCACGAUGAAUGUCCUCAGGGAUGGCUGGCAAACUAUUUAUCAGAGAAAUGCUGUCGUACACACUACAAUGCCCAGCUCGAUUAGAGGCGCAAUUCUGACGUAUAUCAGAUGGGAGAGAAGCAGUUACACCUACUUGCUCUUGGGCUACUUGCAAUUAGCAAUUACGGAGGCCUGCAAAUCAGCACUUGGGGCGUUCCCGGGACGGUUUCAGGAGAAAAUGCUAGAAUCUGGGGACAGAGAGAUGGGCAAUACGCAUCAAAUUGAACGCUCUGCUCGUGUUGGAGACAUGUACCCGGUGCUUAGUCUCACAUGUACCGCGUUGUCAAGUAUCUUUGGCAUUGGGACGAUCAUCUUUCGCCUAGUAGCAUUGUCCACAGACCCAUGGAUAGUCGUGACGGAUUUUUUCUGUCUGAUUAUCUUUUCGGUCUGGGGCAGCCUUCUCUUUGUCCCAGAUGCAAUGCAGGAGGAACUGGAUUCUGCGGAGGCAGAUUUGUAUCGCAUGUCAAACCACGAUGAUCCCGGUUGUUGUGACGGGCUCUCGCGGCUUUUCUGGAAACUACUAUACGCACCCUUGGCCUGCAUUUUCCAGACAUGCUUCAUAGUCAAGCGACCAAAUGUUAGAUGGACUCAGAACAUGCAACGAAGCGGCUGA